ACUCACUUACACCGUAAUCCUUCAUGCAUACUUACACUAGGUCCCUUCAGAUAUACACCGUGCGUAACAGAUGAUCGUCGAUCUUUAUUAAAACUGAGAGGCACUGAUCCCACCCGAGGGACGAAGAAGAUCCGUGAUACGCAUUCUUCGGCGGUUACGUGGCAACUGAUCGCAAGCUUGCUUUCUGAACACUCAGCUUUGCAUAUCCAAGGUUUUUUGAUCUAUGUCACCGGCACUGUUCAUUGCUGUCGGCCACAACCGAGGAGUGCAAUUAUGAUGCAAGCAGGCUGAUCAUAGUCUCAGUAUUAAAGUUUUGUAUGAAGAAAGACGGAAAAUUUCUCCUAUCAGAGAUGGUAUCUUACUUUCGGCAUCAAAGAAUACAACUCAACGUGAAGAUAGAAAAAUCUAUUCUGUGUAGCACUCUGCUCAGUGUGAUAAGGUGAAGAUUCAACAGCAAAAUGAAGAAGGAUGAUAGGACACGAAGACAAGGUUAACGAGCAGCCUGGUCUGUUGCAGGCGGCAGUGGUGGAUUAAGCGUGAAAUAACUGGCAGAAGGAUAACUGUAAUCAAACUCCAGUUUGGCACUGACACACAUAAGGCAGAUUGUGAACGGAGUUUGCGGAUCCUCAGAUAUAUAACCAGACUUUCUUGCCACAUACUCCACCUUGUCGGAAUAAAAUUUAGGCUAAAUCAUAUCAUUGCACAGGCGCAACUGCUUGGGACAUCGAUGCCAGUAACCAUCAGAGCGCUCUCCAUCCCUCACUUAUAAGGAUCUACGCAACUGUAUCAUUGAAGAUAACCUCAAGGAAUUUAUGCUAACUGUCGAAUCGCAUGAAAGUCCCACUGUGGAGGCACUUCUUGUUUUUUAAAUGACCGAUCCUGACUCCUUAACAGUAAAAUAGUGUCAUGAUGAACAGUAGAGCCGACAGCAACCACUGAAAUAAUCAUCAUAGAUGUGUUGAGCUUCGACAUGAGGUAUGCAAUGCAGGGGGAAACAUAUUUAAGUUCAACGGGAACUUGUAGCAACCGUUUACAACAUGUGAGUAGCAGCAACUCCGAAGGCCUCACUCAUUCAGGUGGUACUUCGUCAUCUAUGAACAACUUCUCACAGCAACGACAACUUAGCAUUGGUUCGGUAACAACGGAAUCAUCUGAGAUGAGUAAUUUUGUUGUGGAGGGCAUGACCCCAGAGCAACUCUUGGUCAUCUGCGCUACAGCGAUUAAGCAAAACGAUUCCAGCGUUGUCGAAAAAGCCGUCUCUGCUCUGAAGAAAGUAUCAUCGAUUCAGGGGGAACCCAGCGAGCGAGCAACUGCAUACUUUCUGAAAGCUCUUCUACUCAGACGUAGCUCCAUGCCAGACGUUUCAAAUUUUACCUCUUCAUCUGAAACCACUAAUUCUGAUGAAGUACAGUGGACAGAGCGGAGGUAUAGUCUCACUGAGCUCACGCGGCUAGUUGAUUUGACUCCAUACUUUCGCUUCGGUUACACAGCUUCAAAUGGAGCAUUGUUGGAAGCCUUCGAAGGCGUGGAACAGAUUCACAUCCUCGAUUUCAGCACCACGCACGGGAUGCAAUGGCCCACUUUUAUCGAAGCACUAUCUGAUCGCGAGCACGGCCCACCAAGCAGUUUUCGACUCACUCUUUUGAGUUCAUCUGUACCCUUUCCCCCAAGGUUGCAGACCACCUACGAAGAAGUCGGCCAACGUCUCUCAAAAUACGCCAGGUUGAGGAAUAUACCCUUCGAUUUUGAUGUCCUAUCACAGCCCCUAGCAAAUCUCUCUUCCUCCGACUUAAGACUACGGGAAGAAGAAGUUCUGGGAGUGAACCUUUCUCUCAGAAUCCAUCACCUAUCAGAAGAGUCAACAGAUGAAUCAAGCCCCAGAGAGUCUCAGCAAUAUGGAGCUCCUCAAUCUCUUUGUCCUGGCGACAAGUUCCUGUAUUUGAUCCGCUGUCUCAAUCCCACUGUUGUCACAUUAUAUGAAGAAGACUGUGACACAUCUUCGUCCUGCUUCGUCAAACGCGUAGAGCAGUCCUACGCUUACGAGUGGAUGCCUUUCGACUUCUUAGCCACUAUAUGGCCUUCAGAAAAUUCUGAACGUCAAGAACAUGAGAAGAACGUGGGCAAAAAAAUUGAAAACAUUGUUGCUUGUGAAGGUUUGAAUCGCUUAAACCGUUUGGAGUCCAAGAAACAGUGGCUUCGACGAAUGAACAAACUUCGCUUUAGGAUUCAGCCGGUCAGAGAAGAUGUGAAAUCGCAAUUGCAAGAUGUUGUGGAUCAUCACAACACAGGAUGGGGAAUGAAGAACGAUGAAGAAACCAACACCCAGUCUUUGUUGUGGAAGGGCAAUCCUCUAACGUUCUCAUCAUCAUGGGUUCCGGCUCCCUGAACAAAUAUUUAAAUUGAACGGACCGCACCCUUCCACCUCUAGCGCAGAAACGAACGAGCUCCAGGUGCAGGAGCCUGAAGCUGAUUUCAACUGAUCUAAAAGAACACAUUUUGGGUGAUGCAGCAACAAGUGGUCUGGAGAAUUGUGCGGGCAUAUCGAUUGCCGGAAUUUGGAUUCAAAGAGCCUACAGAAGUGAAGCCAGCGCAGGAUGGAAACCUCUUGAUCUUUUUUCAUUCUCGGCCAAGGUGUGUGGGUACAAACAUUUGGAGUUACUUUCACCUUCUUGGUUUCCACCCAUUGGAAUAAUACUGCAUUAUACUUUGGUUAUCAAAAUUGUUAAACUAGGUCAGUUAGCAAAAACUAUAUCAUAAGCGAUCAUCUCCUGGUUUUGUUUAGGUCGGUGCCCUUGUUUCUGCAGAUUUUCUGCCUUGAUUUAGGAUAUUUUGUGAAGACUGUAACGCCUUGUAAAGCGUGUUGCUCUAGAAUUAGAACACGGAUAUUGAUGCAGAUUCAUUCCUAAUCCAAAACCAAGCAUAUGAAUAGACGUAUGUUGUAAACUAUUUGCUCAACAUUUUCUUUUUGACAAAGUAACAAAGAUAAGCAAAGCAGAAUCAAGAUUUUGUAGCUGCUCAACCAAGGUAAUAUUUAUAAUCUUGUUUUGUACAUGAAAAAUGACGCUUAUUAUUCGGUAAUAUAAUCGUGCUUUCUAGCGAGUUAAUGGA